AUGCAUUUUCCCGCCAAGUUCUCCAUCGCUAUGCUUGCCGCGCUGGCUGCGAGCUCCGAAGCCAAUAUCCAUGCUCGCAAGAAUUUUAUCCACCACCGCGAACUGAACCAGCCCGGGUCGUCCAGCACCGUCUUGCCGACUCCCGUCCAGAGCACCACCAGUACCACUGCGGCCGCUCAAACUCCCGCAGUCCCGCAGGAGCCCCCGGUUGUUCCCCCGGUUGCUGGAUCCUCCUCGUCCGCUAUUCCGCCUUACCCUUCGUCCUCGAAGAUUCCCUCCUCUUCCGCCGCCAAUGGCCAGACUUCGUCUACCAUCACCAGUGGGCCCGUUCCUCCUCUGUCCACCGGUUCCACUGGUGGUUCCGGCUCUGAUGGCAACUUGCCUGGAACCGAGGAUGUGACCCUGACCUACACUGUGGGCACCGGUACCUCCAAAUCCGUUGUGGUCACGACCAUUCACAAGACUGCUACGAACUUGAAGACCGUCUACGCCACCCCCAGCGCAGGCUCCGGUAGCUCGGACAACGGCUCUGGCAACGGCUCUGGCAACGGCUCUGGCGAGGACGUCACCACUCGCCAUUCUGCCUCUACUUCCACCGUCAGUGUUAUUGCUGUUCCUACUGGUGGCGCGGGUAACGGAAACAACGGUCAGGGUGAGAAUGGCCAGAACGGACAAUGCGUCCCUUCCACUGUCACCGUCACCGCUACUGAUACCGUCACUGUGACUGCUGCCCCUGCUGCUACCGUCAACCCUGGUUCCUCGAACGGAGGCAACGGCGCCGAUAAGGGAGAUGAUGGUGAUGAGCAAACCACCACUUCUACCACUACUGCCCGCCGUACACCCAGCAGCAGCGCUAUCCCCACACCCAGCAGCUCCGGUGUCCCCACGCCCUCGGGUUCCCUGACCAGCAGCAACGUGGCCUUGCCUACCAUUGUCCGCCGUCGCCGCAUCAUCUAA